UAAAUAUUUGUCAUUGGCUGAAAUAAUUAGCGCAUUUAUUUGAAAAAAAAAGUUAUUUUUUUUAUGUAUUUAUUCACUUUGACGAUAAUUUCACAUUUGUUUUUUAUUUUUAUUUGACUUUUUGAACUAUUUUAUUUAUCAUUAUUAAUAACCAAAUGCGAAUUUGAAAAAAAUAAUUAUAAUUUCGACAAAACAAUAAUAAUAUUUAAAUUUUCGCAAAAAAUAAAACUCAAAAUGUACAACAGAAAAGUUUUAAUAGGCAAUUGGAACGAGGAGCGAGAACUUGAAAAGGUUAAUAUAGCUGAUUAUAUAAAGAAGCGUGAUAACAAAGAAUUAAUUAUACAAAAAAUACGAACACUAUUUCACAAUAUGUGCCGCGAGAUUCAACUUUGCAGAACUGGAAAUUAUAUUGAAUUUGGAAAUCGAAUUCAAAUUUUUGCACCGGACGUGCAAAGUUUUCAAGAAAAUGGUGAAAAUAAAAAUUUUGGUAUUAUUGUUUCUGUAACAAUUCCACGAAAUGCAAUUGGAAAAAUUGAAAGAUUCACUGAUCAAAUGCCUGUUGUUUGUGCCGCCAAGACUGAACCCUGUACUCGAAAUACAUUCACGAUACAAUCAACGAAUUGCAACAACAAAAAUGGAGAAUAUCUCUUAUUCAAUCAGAAUUUCCUUUUAAAGUUAACAGAUUCUGUAGAAGAAGAUUUAUAUCUCAGAUCAGUAACUCCACUGGUUGACGAUACUCGCGGUCCUAGAGAACAUAAUCGCGUUCUAUUGAGUAAUAUUAAAGACUGUUAUUGCCUGUGGAAAGUUAUAAUAUGCGACAAAAAUAUGAGAUUUGAAACUGAAGGAUCUCCUGUUCCAGUAUCUAAACGAGUUGUUAUUACUCACGUGAUGACCGGAAAGUGUUUAGCAGUUGAAGGAUUAAAUUGGAAAUCGAGUAUUUUUGGCAUCGAAUGUGAAAUAUCCGUCCAUACUUAUAGAGAUGUGAAUAAACGAGAAACUUCUGAAUGUCAUUGGAUGUUUGUAACGGAAAAGCUUCCUCGAGGAAUUGAUGAAAAAUGUUCAUUGGCUGAGCAGCUGGAAAAGUGUUGA